UCGACUCCGUUAUUACGCAUGCGCAGUUUCUAUCGUUCAUUCCGCCAACAUCCCGUCAUGCCCCGCGGAGCAGUCGAGACGUAGCCUCCCCAGCCGCUCGGACGCUAGAGCGGCAGCAGCCAGGCCGAUCAUGUCCGAGAAGAAGCAGCCCGUGGAUCUGGGGCUCCUGGAGGAGGAUGACGAGUUCGAGGAGUUCCCGGCGGAAGAGGCAAAAAUUGGAGUAAUUCAGCAGUCGUCGUCGUCCCCACACACAGAGAACUGGGCUGGUUUAGAUGAAGAUGAAGAUGCACAUGUCUGGGAAGACAAUUGGGAUGAUGACAAUGUAGAAGAUGACUUCUCCAAUCAGUUAAGAGCUGAACUAGAAAAACAUGGAUACAAGAUGGAGACCUCAUAGUUUUCAGUGAAGAUGGAAUAAUCUAAAAUUGAACUGUAGAUUGAAUUCUUGAAAAAAGAAGACAGGCUGGGACACGAGAUGAUACAUUCAAUCCAUUAUCAGUUUGCAUUGAUUUAUUUUGAUUUUGUAUAAAUAAUAAAAAUUUUAAUC